UUGGUAAUUUUACUGGAAAAUGUAAAACCCUGCUAAAGCCCUUUCUCUCUGGUCAGAAUUUUCGCGGGGCCUUUCCCCAUACGAUUCUGUUCCAGACCAAUUACGGCCGUACUUGCUCUCUCUCUCUCUCUCUCACUCUCUCUCUCGCUCUAAUGGCUUCUUGCUUUAGAUCUCUCUCAAAGCCAACUCUCUCCUUUUUCAAAUCCGCUACAACCAAACCUUCUCUUAAUCCCAGACCCGCAUCUUCUCUUCCCACCAUCCGUUCUUCUCUCACGCAUUCAAGGUCGGUUUCUCAGUUGGGUUGUGUUCAAUCUCUGCUUCCCCUCCACUCAGCGGUAUCUUCUGCUCGGCUCACCUCUUGCCUCAGCAUCGAUUCCAGAAGCUCAAGGUCGUUGUUUCAGGGUAUGCUAUGCAGUGCCAACCCAGGAGUAUGAUAUCUCCAAUGUUUUUGUAUUUAGUAUUUAAUUGGGGCUCAGUGUGCCAUCAUAAGAGAUGUUGAAGUCGGGAAUAAUAUAGAGUUUGAUAUCUCUCAGAGUUUAUGUUGUCUCUGACUGGAUUUAUUUUCCAUCUUCUGCUGGAAGUUGUUUUUUGAUUGCUCCCGAGUAUAUGAUUCAAAAAUUCAAAUCUCUGACUCAUCUAGUUGGCUGUAAUCAUUAAACUCCUUUAAAUUCAAUUUUGCUUUCUUGUGGAUUCUCUUGUUGUCCAAAAGAACACUAGAAUUCUGUUCCUUACCGAAUGAAAAAAUAAUUUUCACCCUUUCUGUCUU